AAGAUGGUGGUGCCCGCGCCGUGCCACGCAGACUUCCGCCCGGCGCCGAGACCCGGGGCCCACCGCGGGUCGCCUCGGAGGUGAAGUCGGGACGUGCGUGGUGCGGAGCUGCAGCCUGGGUGCGCUGGGGCACCAUGUCAGAAGGAGACGCCGCGGGCGAGCCCAGUGCUCCAGGAGGGCCCCGACCCCUCCUUUCUGGGGCUCGGGGGCUUAUCGGACGGAGGCCGGCGCCUUCCCUCACCCCGGGCCGCCUUCCCUCCAUCCGUUCCAGGGAUCUCACCCUCGGGGGAGUCAAGAAGAAAACCUUCACCCCAAAUAUCAUCAGUCGGAAGGUCAAGGAAGAGCCCAAGGAAGAAGUAACUGUCAAGAAGGAGAAGCGUGAUAGGGAUAGAGACCGACAGCGAGAGGGCCAUGGACGGGGCCGGGGGCGCCCAGAAGUGAUCCAGUCCCACUCUAUCUUUGAGCAGGGCCCCGCUGAAAUGAUGAAGAAAAAGGGGAACUGGGAUAAGACGGUGGAUGUGUCGGACAUGGGGCCCUCUCACAUCAUCAACAUCAAAAAGGAGAAGAGGGAGACAGAUGAAGAAACAAAACAGAUUCUGCGUAUGCUGGAGAAGGAUGAUUUCAUCGAUGACCCUGGGCUGAGGAAUGACACUCGAAAUAUGCCUGUGCAGUUGCCGCUGGCUCACUCGGGCUGGCUUUUUAAGGAAGAGAAUGAAGAACCAGAUGUUAAACCUUGGCUGACUGGCCCCAAGGAAGAGGACAUGGAGGUGGACGCGCCUGCUGUGAAAGUGAAAGAGGAGCCACGAGAUGAGGAAGAGGAGGCCAGGACGAAAGCUUCCUCCAGAGCAGCCAGGAAGACCCCGGGCCUCCCGAAGGACGUAUCUGUUGCAGAGCUGCUCAGGGAGCUGAGCCUCACGCAGGAGGAAGAGCUGCUGUUCCUGCAGCUGCCAGACUCACUCCCUGGCCAGCCGCCCACUCAGGACGUCAAGCCUAUCAAGACGGAGGUGCAGAGCGAGGACGGACAGGUGGUGGUUAUAAAGCAGGAGAAAGACCGGGAAGCCAGGCUGGCAGAGAAUGCUUGUACCCUGGCUGACCUGACAGAGGGUCAGGUCGGCAAGCUGCUCAUCCGCAAGUCGGGGAAAGUGCAGCUCCUCCUGGGCAAGGUGACUCUGGACGUGACGAUGGGGACCACCUGCUCUUUCCUGCAGGAGCUGGUGUCCGUGGGCCUUGGCGACAGUAGGACGGGUGACAUGACAGUCCUGGGACACAUAAAGCACAAACUUGUAUGUUCUCCCAAUUUUGAAUCCCUGUUGGAUCACAAACACCGGUAAAAAGAGCAGAUGGAGGAUGGUGGUGAUUGUGUCCACGGCUGCUGCCUGCUCCAGACGUUUUGUUCUCAAAUCUGUUCAGCCCAGAAGGCACCUGUUUAGCCCACCCACUCCAGCCAUUGUCCCAGUUUUCCCCACAUGGCUCCUUCCCGCAGCAGCUGUGAACGGCGUGAUGACCUUCCCACAGCACGGAAACUGCACACCCUCGCUGCUGGGGGGCUUGUCUCUGCUAUUUAUUUUUAUAUUUAUGGCUUACCUCUUCAACUGACUGCAUCCUCCCCAGGUGGAGAGGGGGCACGGUCUGGGAAAGGACGGGCUCCUUCUCUUGGUGACGUCUUUGUUCUCAGGGUAGGAAGUGUAAGGACAGCUGCUCCCUCCUUCCUCCCAAGUGGCGGCACCAGAGAGAGAGCAGGGACUUCUCGAACCUGAGACUCAGCCCCAGCUCUGUCCAUUACUAGUGUGUGAUUGACAAACUACCUAACGUUUCUGAGCCUCAUAUUCCUCAUCUGACAAAAAUGAGGACGAUACCUACCUCACAGGGUUGGCAUGAGGAUGCAGUGGAAUACUGUCGAUGAAAACUUGCACAAGGCCAGACAUACACAUUAGGCACUCAGUAAAUGUUAGUUUAGUUUCCCUUCGACUCAAUCUAUUUUCAAACAAAAGAGAGAUUCUGAGAAUCUCAGAUAAAGUGAAUGGAGCUGCUUCAUCCCACAUUCUUACUCCGUGUCCUGUCCCCCCAGCCUGAUGCUCUGAAGGUAUGGGUUUGGGCCCUUCUAUGCCCUUUUUUUCCUAAGCACUCUUAGGCAAGUUGCUUUUUGUUCAUUGCUGCGAGGCCCUAGCUGUAGGUGCCAUCAGAAGUGACAGAGUCAAGAGACUCACUCCUCCCAGUGCCCUGCAGAUGUCUUCGGGUGACAUGGUGGUCCCAGGACUCCCUCCACCCUCACUUCUGCAGUAAGUAGCUGUUACUCUUCCAGCAGCAGCAACUGGAAGCGUAGCUGCUUCCACUAUUUCUCAGAAGAAACCUGUGACCACUCCUGGAGAAUUAUCACCACACCGAGUCAAAUACUGCUGAAAAACAACCCUGGCUGAGAUAGUAAGUAGAGAUUUAUUGAAUAAUGGCCUCACUUUGAAUUUGAGAGGCCCACCUCUGUCUCCUGUCCUGGCAUCAACUUGGAUUCCACUGCCACUGGCCGCGCUGGCCUUGUAGUUCAUUGGUCUGUGGUCUUGUUCCUUUCAGCAGCUCACCACACUCUUGACGCUUCCAGUGUGUGGUCCCUAAGGAGCAACUUCUCUUUCCUCGUCCCUUGGCUGCAGGGCAGGGUCGGGGAGGCACCCUGGAGGUUGGGGAAGGCCUCCUGUUGCAGUGUUCGUGGUCAUUAGACACCGGCAACACAGCUCCCUUUGCUGUGAGCUUAGCAGACCACCUCUGGAACAGGUGUGAACCACACAGACUCCUCUUAACUUAGGUGGCCCAAGAGGUUUUGGAAGGAUAUGCCUUUCUUUAGUCUCGCCUUUUUUCUGUUCCUUGAGCCUGUUUUCUAUUCAUCACCACUGGGGCUUCUCCUCCACCGAGCCCCUCAAGCUGCCUAGCCAGCAGCUAGGAGGCAGGAUUGACUGUGUAGUCCCCACAUCGCCCCUUCUGUAGCUAAGAGCUCACGUGAGCUCUGUUGGAUGGUGCUGUUCUGGUCUCUGUUCUCACUGUAGAGGACAGGUGAGCAGAAAGGGUCUUGGAGAUGUGUGCCAUGGAAGUCCUGUUUGGUCUAAUGCUGAGCUUUGAUGAACCAACUCCUUUUUUGUUCUCUGGGCUUCAGUGUUUACUGCUUCUCCUUUUCCACAGCUAAUGCACUGCCACUGAGUCUCCACUGUAAUCCUCUCUUUCUCUUGGUUACUUUGGUUCACAAACACUCUACUGCUUUUCCCGGCUAGCUCAAAGGCCCUGCUUCGUUAGAUGUUUGGUGUUUUGCAGUCUUUAGUUCUUUGACUCCUCCACGGAAGCUUGAGGAAGAGUGUGUACCACUUUAACGUUCACCACUUUGCCAUUUCAAGUAUCUUGGGGAUCGACCUGCAUCAGAGUCCCCACGAUCUGUCUCUACGUUCCUGAUACACAGAUUGAACAUCGUCAAUAAAAGUGUGGCAAAAAGA